AUGAAGAAAGAUAGAGAACCAAUAGACGAAGAUGAAAUGAGAAUAACCUCAACCGGAAGGAUGACCAACUAUGUUAACUAUGGUGCAAAAAUACUAGGAGAUGAAGACAAAAAGAGUAUAAAAAUUAAAGCAACAGGUAAUGCUAUUGGAAAAGCUGUAACAUUAGCAGAAAUAAUAAAAAGAAGAUUUAAAGGAUUACAUCAAAUAACCAGAUGUGGAAGUACAGUUAUCACUGAUCAAUAUGUAAGUGGACAAGAUAAUAGCGAACAUGUAGUACAAGAAAAAACCGUUUCAUUUAUUGAAAUAUUAUUAUCUAGAGAACAAUUAGAUAUGAAAGAUGCAGGUUAUCAACCACCCUUGGAUGAGAAAUAUGUAAAAGAAAUGACCCCAGAAGAAAUUGUCAAUUCUAGGCCAUUCAGAAGAGGUGGAUUUAGGCCACGAUUUUAUAGAGGAUUUAGAGGAGGAAGAGGUGGAUUUUUAAGAAGAGGAGGAUAUAGAGGUUUUGGUGACAGAGUAUAUGAACCAAGAAGUAGCUUCAGAGGUGGAAGAGGUAGCGGAUAUGGUGGAAAUUUCGGAAGAGGUGGAUACAGAUCAGGUGGUGGUAUGGGUGGUGGAUUCAGAGGUGGAUUCAGAGGAGGAUUUAGAGGUGGCAGAGAUGGUGGCUACAGAGGUGGAAACAGAGGAGGUAGCAGAAGUGGAUUUAGAGGUGGCAGAGGUGGAUUCAGAGGUGGAAGAGCUUUAUCAUAA